UCGAAGAUUUCAUUUUGAACUCGAAGUGGCUCUCAUGUCUUAACGAUGGAGGACGAGGCUGAUAUAUACGAUGGUGUUAGAGCUCAAUUCCCUCUUAGUUUUGGAAAGCAGUCCAAGUCACAGACCUCUCUUGAAGCCAUCCACAAUGCCACUCGUCGUUCCAGUUCCAAUCUCAGCUCUGAUCCCUCUGCAGCGACCACCCACACCAAAAGUACCAAUGACCUCCCUUCUAUCUCAUCCUCUUCCAAGUCCUGGCUUCUUUCCCUCCGCAACUCUAAAAUCCCUAACCCUGAUCCUACCGCCGAUCGUGGUGGGGGUUCUUCCACGAUGGGACCGCCUCGGCCGCCUCUACCCGUGGAAUCUGAUGAGGACGGCGGUGUUAUGGUCGGACCGCCUCGGCCGCCUGAGGAAAAAGACGAUGAUAGUGCGAUGAUUGGGCCUCCUCCACCUCCUGUUGGUUUGGGUUCCGGCGAAGAAGGGGAUGACGAUGGGGAGAUGAUUGGCCCGCCAAGACCUCCCCCUAGUUCGAAUUUGGGUGCGUCAACUUCUGAGGAUGAUUCAGACGAAGAUGAGGUGGGGAAUCGGUUUCGAAUUCCGCUCAGUAACGAGAUUGUUCUCAAGGGACACACCAAGGUUGUGUCGGCUCUUGCUGUGGAUCACUCUGGGUCUAGAGUGCUUUCUGGAAGUUAUGACUAUACAGUGCGUAUGUAUGACUUUCAAGGAAUGAAUUCACGGUUGCAAUCAUUUCGACAAUUGGAGCCAUUUGAAGGUCAUCAAGUUCGCAACCUAAGCUGGAGUCCGAGUGGAGAUCGCUUUUUGUGUGUAACAGGGUCAGCUCAAGCAAAGAUCUAUGAUCGAGAUGGGCUUACUUUGGGAGAGUUUGUGAAGGGGGACAUGUAUAUCCGUGAUCUUAAAAACACUAAAGGCCACAUAUCUGGAUUGACGUGGGGAGAAUGGCACCCAAAAACCAAGGAAACAAUUUUAACAUCAUCAGAGGAUGGAUCACUGCGCAUAUGGGAUGUAAAUGACUUCAAAAGUCAGAAGCAGGUUAUCAAACCAAAGCUUGCAAGACCUGGAAGAGUUCCUGUCACAACAUGUGCAUGGGAUCGUGAAGGUAAAUGCAUUGCUGGUGCUAUAGGAGAUGGUUCUAUACAGAUUUGGAGUAUUAAGCCUGGAUGGGGAAGUAGGCCAGAUAUAUAUAUUGACAAAGGCCAUUCUGAUGAUAUUACUGGUCUGAAAUUUUCUGGUGAUGGAAGAGUUUUACUGUCAAGAAGCUUUGAUGGUUCAUUGAAGGUAUGGGAUUUGCGCAAAAUAAAGGAACCUCUAAAGGUAUUUGAAGAUCUUCCGAAUAAUUAUGGGCAAACAAAUGUUGCUUUUAGCCCUGAUGAACAACUGUUUUUUACCGGAACAUCUGUUGAAAGAGAGAGUUCAAGUGGAGGUUUAUUGUGCUUUUAUGAUUGUACAAACCUUGAGCUCGUUUCAAGAGUUGGCAUAUCGGCCACUUGUAGUGUUGUGCAAUGUGCUUGGCAUCCUAAACUGAAUCAGAUCUUUGCAACUGUUGGUGACAAAGGCCAAGGAGGAACUCAUAUACUAUAUGAUCCAACCAUCAGUGAGAGAGGAGCUCUUGUUUGUGUCGCACGUGCACCGAGGAAGAAGUCCAUUGAUGAUUUUGAGGCAAAACCGGUUGUUCACAAUCCUCAUGCCCUGCCACUAUUUAGAGAUCAGCCAAGCCGUAAACGUCAGCGAGAGAAAAUACUGAAGGAUCCAUUGAAGUCUCAUAAGCCUGAACUUCCAAUAACGGGGCCCGGGUUUGGUGGGCGAGUUGGUGCAAGUCAAGGAAGCUUGCUGACUCAAUAUCUUCUGAAGAAAGGGGGCAUGAUUAAGGAGACGUGGAUGGAGGAAGAUCCGAGAGAAGCCAUCCUGAAAUAUGCUGGUGUUGCAGCUAAUGAUCCAAAAUUCAUUGCUCCAGCAUAUGCAAAAACCCAGCCUGAGCCUGUUUUCCAAACUUCAGAUUCUGACGAGGAAGAGAAAUAAUUGGGUUACAAUGCUAUAUUCUCUUGGCACUAGAGCAUUAUCAGCUAGGGUAGCAAGGGUGACUGGAAAUAAAAGGGACCUCUUCCAGAAUAUUUGAGGAUUGAGCAUGGCGGAGGAAGGCUCCUUACCUCAUUCCCUGAAUCAACACCAUCUAUUUCCCCUUCUAAGGUUAUGAGAGCCAUCUGAUAAGAUUAAGAACAUAAGAAUGAGACUUAUUUGGAACAUCUAGAACUUCGGAGUAUGUCUUCUCUCCACCUCAAAAGGCCGCCAGUGUGGUCUGCUGGUUCAGCUGUACAUUGGAAUCAACGAACGUCGUUUUGUACUAUUAGAGUUGUGCUGUGAGAACAUCCAUCAGAAGUUAGAACACUAAUAACUCUGUUCUGUGCUUUUUUGGUAAUGUUUUGUUCUCUCUUCGCUGAUUUUAAUUCAGUUGGUAGAGCCCUGAUGCCCUGUUACGGUUUAUUGUAUUGUAUCUUUUUAUUUAUUUAUAAAUUGGUUUCUGUGAAAAA